UUUUGUUGCCCACCAUUCGUCCAAGAUAAAACCAUAACAAAUAAGAUAUGAGUCAAUAGCAUAAAACUAUAACAGAAGCACAGAAGACAACACCACCAUGGCACUAAGAAUGUGGGCUUCUUCUACAGCCAAUGCACUGAAAAUCUCUGUUGCCUCCAAACCUCAGCUCUCUCCUUACUGUCUCUCAAGAUGCUUCUCUUCUGUUCUUGAUGGGCUCAAGUAUGCAACUUCACAUGAAUGGGUGAAACAUGAAGGUUCAGUGGCUACAAUUGGUAUCACUGAUCAUGCUCAGGACCAUUUGGGAGAAGUAGUGUUUGUGGAUCUACCAGAACCUGGAGUUGCAGUCACUCAAGGAAAGAGCUUUGGGGCAGUGGAAAGUGUAAAAGCAACAAGUGAUGUCAAUUCUCCCAUCUCCGGUGAGAUUGUUGAGGUUAAUUCCAAGCUUAGUGAAGCACCUGGGGCAAUUAAUUCAAGUCCAUAUGAAGAAGGAUGGAUGAUCAAAGUGAAGCCAAGUAACCCAUCAGAAUUAGGAUCCUUAUUGGAUGCAAAGGCAUAUACAAAAUUCUGUGAGGAAGAAGAUGCUGCUCAUUAGAAUUUUUAGCAAGCUUAGUUCCCAUAUUUUCUCUUGCAAAAAUUGAAUUAACUUUGUUUUGGACAUAUUUAUUUAAAUCCUCAAAUCCUGUCAAUUAUUGCAAAUGUAUGUUUCCCUUUUUUUUUCCCUUUAUUUUUAUUUUCUUUAUUGCA